AUGAUUGCAUUUCUGAAUUGCAGAAGAAAACUUAUUUACAGAAGUAGUGGGAGAUAUGGAGCCUUCAUCUAUACUGGCAGGAAUUUUCAUGGUAAGUAGCAAUGAAAUGAAUAACUUUCUGACGCUGUAUAUUAUCACUUUUUUAUUUCAAUAGUAUAAUUGAAGUCCUUACAAAACUACUGCAGACAUAUUUGGGUGUAAUUUUUAGUCCUCUGUCUUCACGUUUUUGUUCCAUAAGUGGUUUCUUGUACUUUUUAAUUUCUUAUAGAAUUGAAAGUUAGAGAUGGAUAUUCUGCCAUCCCCACCAUAAAGGCUGAAUCAACGUUUGUUCGAUUGAAUACUGUGAAUACUGGCACGCUUGAAAUGCUGAUUUGGUUCAUUCUCCAUGACCAAUGUAAGUUGUUUUCAAUUUUCAAAUACGGUUCAUUUGAACGUAAAGUUGCAAAUUGCUACCGGACACAAGACCUAUAAGCUUUAGAAGGAAAGAAUUGCUGCUGAGUACAAUAGGGACCUUAAGACCCGGGGGGGAGACUCCCAUAUGAAACAGACGGGGAUGCUCGUCGUUUCGCUUAGGGGUGUAAAUUUUGGAUUUUGGUCUUGCUUAGGGUGUUCCGGGCAAAGCGCCAAUAUUUUAAGGCGCCAAGGUCUCGUUUAGGGUUCCGCGAAGAAACACAGAAUUACGCGAAGAGAAACAGAAGUCAAAAAUUUGCUUAAGCCACGCCCAGAUUGGUCUCCUUUAGGGGUCACAAAAAGCUUGAGCAACGCCCAGAUGGUCUCAAAUUUCCGACGAGCAUCCCCGUCUGUUUCAUAUGGGAGUCCCCCCGCCCUUAAGAUCCAACGACGGCGACGGCAACGAGAACGUCAAAAAAGAAUUAGGUUUAAUAAAAAAUAAAAACAACAACUUUUCACUUGCUACCAGGCUAACCGGCACCCUCGAAACCACAUAGGACAAUGAGCCACAGACUUAUAACACAGUAUCGUUACAUUAAACCAUUGUUAUAUAUUAACGUCGCUAAUUCUGUUUCAGUGCGUGUUGAUUUACGGAUGCUAAGAUUGUUUCCGAUUAACCGCCGCGCAACUGUUUACACAGUUGAACAGAUUCUGGAAGGGCAAACAGAAGAACUGCAAGCUCUACAACAGUUCAUCUUGAGAGACCAAGGUAGGCAAUGAUGACAACGAUUUUUCUGUGCUUGCUCGAGCUCAUUUAUUAAAUAAUGUAUUUUUUCCGGUCUCAGCGCGAAAUUCAGGAAUUAUACGAGACUUAACUUUGGUGCAGCUCCGCAGAUGUUAGCGAUCAUUUUAUACUGACUUUACAUUAUAACUAGUUUAUUAAGUAAGUAGAGUUAAAACAGAAGGUCAUGGAAAUUGGGAAGUCGAUUCCUUGCGCAAGAGGGAAAAAGAUGAUCUUACUGAGCUUACGCAAUCCAUGCAUCUUUGAUAGAGCCUUCUCGAAAUAAAUUUUCUAGAGUGAAUUAAAGUCAAGACCUUGUACUUGGUCACGGGCACCGUGCCCAAAUUCUAUCGUGGGUACUUGAUCGAAAAAAGGGUGUGUUCACAUUAAUGCUCAGUGAGAACCGUACUCGGGCACCGUGCUCGGGCACUAAGUGUGAACGCUGCCUUGUAGUUUUUGGGAUCCUAGUGAAUGAACAUCUUUCUUUUCAGCUGUUGGUUCAUAUGAUGCACGAAACCGUUUGCGGAGUACGGAAAAGACUGUGAUCGCCACGUGUUUUGGAGAUGAAGUCCAAAGGGAAGAGAGAUAUCAAGAAAACGUUCAUGAAAAUUGUGUCGCGUUUAACGCAGAAGAUAUGAAAUAUCGGAAAGAAACUAGAUCGAACGAAAAUGACGACGACAGUAACAGCAACUACGAGCCUGCAAACGUUAUUAGAAGAGCUUUGACAGUCAUUUUUUCAAGGGUGAACAUCAGAAACGAUCAAACUUCUUCAGCACAGGAUCACCAAGAUCUUGGAAAAGAUGGCUUGACAAAGAUGGAGGGCUCGGAAACUCCCGAAUACAGCGAAAAUGGAAAAGACGAAAAAGUGUCGGUUACUGGAGACUGUUUGAAGGAUAGGCAAGGGGAUGAAAGAAGCUCUUCAGUUGUGAAUGCUUCUGAGUCAAAGGAAGGUGCCAAGGACAUGAGGGAAGUAAUGAGAUCAAUGUCAGCUGAGUCUUGCUUGGUAAGAGAAGAAUUUAUCGGCAAUGAAGGGUCAGUUGCUCAAAAGAUAGAGGCAGCUGCAUCAAGGUCAUUAAAUUUUCAAGAAGACAGUAUGGACAAGGAGUUUAAAGAAGAAAGAUUUCUUUAUCCCAGUGAUGUGGACGAAGGCUCGAAGAAGACUAUCAAAGCUUAUUAUGGUAUGGCAGGAGGGUUUACGACUGAAUCGAGUGUCUCAUUGACACAAGGGCAAGAAAUUGAGAAGGACGAAUACGAUAUCUCAGGAGAGGAAUGGCAAACAUUAGACAGAAUUUGUCAAGGAAGAAGAUACGUUCAGAAGUUGCCAAUUCCGCGUUGUUUCCUGGGACGGCUGCCAGCUGAGACUGUGCCUGUUUAUAUGGACAGAAAAGCAACCCCUCGCCUUGUCUUGGACUAUUCUGAGAUCGCUAUUGGAUGUGGGGUGGCGGCGUUAACUUUGUUUGCUGUUUACAAGUGUUUCAGGUAA